AGACAUCGUUCGAUUUACGAACCGGUUGCACGCACACCGGCCGGUCUCGCGUUCGAAAUACGAAUUUGAAUCCGUGUCAAAUAGAAAAUUUAAUGAACAUUCAAAUAAAGAAUAUUACGUGAUAAUAAAGCGAACUGCACACAUGAACUGUUAGUAACUGACAGUGCUUUCGUGAAUUGGGAUUUGGGUCAUGGUGUAAAGAUUUAAUUAGCGGAGCGUGUCUGAGCUUAGAGCUUUUGACUUCCUUAAGCAGCGAGAGUUCCUCCCAAACAUCGGGAGAACCAAACCAGGAUGGAGGUUGGGAAGAAAGAAAUCAAUUUGGACUCUGUACUAGAGAGUCUCGGCCCUUACGGCCGGUACAAUCUGCUCAACUUCGUACUACUGCUCUACCCAAUACUUUUGAGUAGUUUCUUUGAGUGCGGCUUCAUUUUUGAGGCGAGGGACCAAGCUUACAGAUGUGAGGUGUACGGAUGUGAGCAAAAAUUAAAUGACACUUUUUGGCUUCAAUAUGCAAUACCUUAUAAUACUGAAAAGGAAAAGUUGGAUUCGUGCAAGAGGUUUGCACCGGCCCACAACAACACGAAUAUGCAAUGCGUUGCGGAAGAUUUUACAAAUAAAACUAUUCCCUGUGAGACAUUUGUCUAUGAUGAACCAACAUCUUUUGUCAAAGAGUUUAACCUCGGCUGUCUUGACUGGAAGAGGACAUUGGUUGGUACAAUCCAUAACAGUGGGAUGUUCGUGGCGAUGUUGUUCACUGGAGCCAUAUCCGACCGAUAUGGAAGAAAAAUAGCUGUGGGUUUCGCAUGCUUGACCAGUUUCAUAUUCGGAUUCUCUAGAGCAUUCUCAAAUGAUUACAUAACGUAUGUUAUUCUGCAUUUCAUCGAGGCAGCCUUAGGCGGCGGUCUUUACCCGUCAGCUUACGUUUUCAUUGUGGAACUCGUUGGCUUAAAACAAAGAGUCAUUGUGUCAGCUAUGUGCAACAUGACCUUUGUUAUUGGAGUCGUUCUCAUCGCAUUGCUAGCAUGGUUCGUUGAGAACUGGCGUACAUACGUCAUGAUCCUCUACAGUCCAGCUGUGAUAGUCCUCUUAUACAUCUGGUUCAUGAAUGAGAGCGGAAGAUGGUUGCUCAGCAAAGGGAGAAAAGAUGAAGCUGUAGAAGUCUUAAAAAAGGCCGCAAAAAUAAACAAACUCGAUCCCAGACAUUUAGAAUUGGACAGCUUAGCGAAUCCACUUCUGAAGCCUGAAAAUCAGACGGUUGACAAGAAAUCGCAGUUCUCUAAAGCUUUGCGCUCAGGAAUCAUAUGGAGAAGACUGAUGAUUUGUUCAUUUCUAUGGAUGACGUGUUCGCUCGUUUAUUACGGAUUGUCAAUAAAUUCAGUGUCGUUGAGUAGUAAUAAGUACGUGAGCUUCAUGCUUGUUGUGUUGGUGGAGAUACCGGCUUAUGUUGUGGCUGUGAUGGUGUUAGACAAGUAUGGAAGAAAGAGGACAUUAAUAGCGACAUAUACGACGAGUGCUCUAACCUGCUUGCUGUUCGCUUUCUUACCGAGAUAUGACUAUUGGUCUAUUCCCCUGUACCUGAUCGGGAAGUGGAGUGUGACGUUGGCCUACAGUUCCGUCUACAUAUAUGUAUCUGAGGUGUUCCCUACAAACAUGAGGCAGACCUUGAUCAGUUUUUGUUCAACUGCUGGAAGAAUAGGCUCCCUUGUUGCUCCACUUACGCCUCUAUUGACAACAUACCAUAAAUCGAUGCCGACGGUGAUAUUUGGAGUGAUGUGUAUAAUAUCGAACUUUUUGGUAUUUUUACUGCCGGAAACAAUGAAUAUGAGACUACCCGACACCAUAGAAGAAGCAGAGAAACUGUCAAGGAGAAGAAGCAGAAUAGAGAAAGACACUUUGUGAGAUUGAACUUUAGGAUCCUCUGUACUAAACCAGAAUAAUUAAUCGUGAUUUUAAAACAAAACUUUAGUGUAAUAGUGAUUUUCGUCAAUCCAGUGCACUGUUAUAUUGCUCGUCUCUGUACGUUUGAACUCAUCGGUUGUGACUUUACACUGUGAAUGUAAAAAUUUUGGCACUAAUGCUAAAUACCUACGCUGACUUCUGUGUCAGCCAUAUCUGUUACAAUGCACUUACAUUGCUACAAUAAUCGAUAACAAACGAAAACUAUAAACUACUUCAAGCCGAUAUAAGGUGGCGUUGAGAUGCAACCUUCAUCGCGCUUACAAUAUUCAUAUGAUAAGUGAACAUAUAUAUGAUUUUUUACAUAUUUGCAAAACAUAGAGAGAGACAAUUUUCCUUUAUCAGUUAGUAGGAAGGAUUAAAAAAUUGAAGCGAAUCCCUUGCUUAUCUCGGCGGCACUCACAGACACAUAUGGUUAUAUACUCGUACGUGCUUAAUACUUGAGUUUCACUUUCAAUUCCCUACUGUAGAUAAGGACCGAUACUAGGUUUGGUUAAAUCGGGGGAAUUAAUCGAAAUUCACUAAUUAUUACGGGUUCUCGUUGCGGUUAUAUCAGAUGGCGCUAGACUAGUACAACAAUGGUUAUGUUAAUGGAACUAACUAAUUGUCGUCAUGAAACAAGAUAUAUUCUAAUUAACCUUGCAUAUUUACUGUACCCAAAAUAUUUAUCUCACAUAUACAACAGUAAUUGAAUUUUAUCAACAACAAAAAAUUCUCUGUAAAAUAAAGAAUUCCAAAGCGAAAUAAAUUUAUCGAUUAAGCCAUUAUCGGGACUUUUUUUGUAUCUCGUCAUUAAAUUAAGCAUUAUAAGAAGCUUUUAAAAACUAAUGUAUUUAGCUAAAAUUAUAAACAUAAGUAACUUAUAUAUUUUCUGGUAGCAAUGAUUCUUUAUCCAAUUAAUCGAUCUACGAUCUACGAGAAUGAUAAUUAAUUCUAGGGUAAAAGAACCUUAAAUUAUUCAAUCGAAACAAGUUUGAUAAAUUUAAUGAAUUUUACAACCAAACGUCGUGUGAUAAAAUUAAAAUCAUAUGAAUAUGUUUAUACAAAUUAAUUGUAAAAACUUAAAUUUGCAUAAAAAUAAUUCUAUGAAUCGAGUUUUGCGUGAAAAAAUUAUAAAAUUGUCAAGUGACCUUUUAAAUAUAACUUAAACAGGAAUUUAUACUCACUUAGUGCACUGACAACACAGUUGUGUUUCUGGAUUUAAAGUGAAAAUUAAUUAUUCAUCCUUUUUUUCUACUUUUGUAACAUUCUAACAUCGAAGUUGUAGUAUCCUAAACCUACCAACGAUUGUUUACUACUGUUAAAAUACAUAUCAGUACAUGAUAAAAUUAAUAAAAAUAGAAUCUAUACGCAUAAAGCUGAAUAAUUAGUUUUAUUUGUUUGAACUAAUCAUAGGAACUACUGGUAAGAAUUGAAAAAAAUUGUGUUGAAUAGUCCAUAUAACGAAGAAGGCAAUAGGAUAUUUAUAUUAUGCUAUGGCUAAUAAGAGUGAACCAGCAACGAAAAAUGUUGCAAAAGCGGGAAAACCACGCCGGCGAAGUUUUCUUCGUAAAUGUAACUUUAUUCAGGAUAUUAAACUAUAGAAAUAAAUGGAAACUCAUAACUCUAAUUAAAGUGUUGUUUUUUGUGAUGGACAUAAAAAUUCCUAUGACUAACUAUCUCGGCUUAUUUUUUACUAUAGUUGGAGUUUUUAUUUAAUAAAUAAAAAAAUAGAUUUACGUAGUUAAUACCUAUGCGAAAUAAAAAUAAAUGCGUUUCAAAACCACAAAAUUAUAGGCACCUACUAAACAACUAUCUAUCAAUAAUGAUAUCAUCUGCAUAGUAAAUGAUUAGAACUUGAAUGAUCAAUCGUCUGAUGUUUUAAAUGAAUUCUUGUUCAACUAUUGCGCGGCAUUCCUUAAUCCACAAGCCACGAUUAUAUUUUGACCAACUCUGAGUUAAAUAUCCGGAUUCUAUAUAACCACUUAAUUAAACAUAAAUUAUCUAGGAUUUACGAGUAAAUUAAAUGUUCCACGUCUAGACUUGAUAACAAUAUCCAGUCUUAAGAGCACUGUCUUUUCAAUAUACUUCAUUGGAGGGCCAGUUGGUCCUACCACAACAAUUGCGACCUAAUAAAAUUAACAAACAGAUCGCAUUUUACGGUUCAAAAGCAAUGUAAAAAAAAAUAUUCUGACACAUUUUCCGUUAAAUAAAUGUUUCUUCGACAUUAACAAAAAUUUUCUUAAUUAAAAAGUAUGAUUAUAUCGUUGGAAAAGAAAAAAUGUAACAUUAAGUUAUCAAAAUGACGCUUUUAAUAAAAAAAAAAAUAUCUCCACUAACUAUAUUAUUCCAUUCAAAACGAUUUUUUCCUUCGGAAAGUUGUUUAGAAUGUGCAUAUCCCAAAUUCCAUUUU